CAUCUUUCGACCUCCGCUGUCAGAAAUCAGCUGAGCCAACAGCCCCAGGAUCCAGGAUUUUGAGCUAAACAAUUUCGACUUUGCAGGAACUGCAGGUGAAAUCGAAUCAUUCAAGAUGACGAAGCCUCCCCAGAUCGCCAUUCUUGGAGCUGGUAUAUUCGUUAAGACACAGUACAUUCCCAGACUCGCUGAGAUCUCUGAUCUUCUAGUUGUUAAGGCUAUAUGGAGCCGCACCGAGGCGUCAGCCAAAGGUGCCGUCGAAAUUGCUAGCAAAUAUUUCCCCACGGUAGAAUGUAAAUGGGGCGAUGCGGGUCUUGAUGAGAUUAUUCAAGACAAUUCAAUUCUUGGAGUUGCCGUGGUGUUAGCUGGACAAACUCAGGUUGAUAUGUCAUUGAGAUUGCUCAAAGCAGGGAAACAUGUCCUCCAAGAGAAACCAGCAGCAGCCUCGACAAGCGAGUUAGAAUAUGCACUUUCAAACUACAACUCUAUAAGUGCUAAUUGUCUCAAUCAACCGUUAUGGGCUGUGGCAGAAAAUUAUCGAUUUGAACCAGCAUUUGUUGAGAGCAAGAACUUAAUUGCAGACAUUGGGGAUAUGAUGAGCGUCCAAGUGAUUGUUGAAGGAUCAAUGAAUAGUUCAAACCCCUAUUUCUCAAGCUCUUGGCGACGCAAUUUCAAUGGAGGUUUCAUUCUGGAUAUGGGCGUACACUUCAUUGCUGGAUUAAGGAUGCUUGUUGGAUGUGAAGUGGUCUCAGUGUCAGCCAAUACCUCUUAUGUGGACAAGUCUUUACCUCCGCCAGAUAAUAUAUCCUCUAUCUUCCAACUGGGGAAUGGAUGUUCAGGAGUUUUUGUAAUGGUAGUCUCCUCAAGGUCACCCAAGUUAUUCUGGCGAGUUGUUGGCUCAAGAGGCACACUGCAGAUCGAUCGUGGGAACCAGGAUGGAAAACAUGGCUAUCUGGUUUCUCUGGCCAAUGCUAAUGGGCAGAACAGAUGCUCCUUCUAUCCUUUCAGUGGAGUUACCGAAGAACUAAAAACUUACAUUCAUGCUAUUUCUACCGAGGGAAGCGAUUAUAAACCCGAUGCUCGUAUAUCUUUCGUGGAGGGUGCUAGGGAUGUUGCUGUAUUAGAGGCAAUGCUUGAAUCUGGAACAAAGCAUGGGACUCCUGUUCAAGUGAAAAGAUUUUAACUUGAGCACAGCUAGUUAACAUGGUGGAUCUUGAAACAUGGUUUUUGUCAGCAGAAUUAGGUAUCAUUAAUGUAGCCCUAGUUCAAAUAAAACAGCAUUUUUGGAGGAACUGAUGAGGUUAUUCAAGACAUGCUUGACUUGCAGUUACCGUCAAAUUCACUAUCCUCCACUCUUAUGACAUUUCGAUUGUAAUAAAGAAAAGGCUUGAUCUAUGAUCCAUUCUUCUUCA